GGGGUUGACCCUUGUGGGUUCCGGCGAAAAAAAGAGGCGUUUUAAAACAGCUCGGCCUCCUUCAGCUGCUAAAUUCGUCGCUGUGAGGCUGGCCCCCGGAGCCUCCCUGCGUGCUCCCGCAGCCGUUUCGGUGUGCUGGUGUGGCAGUUGGGGGGAACACCGCCAGAGCAUACCCCGAAAGCUUUAUGGCACGGGGCUCCUGAGUUCUGACAUAUGGCGAAUCGGCUGCCCCCGUGUUUUAUGGCUGGGAUUUUAAAAUAUGUAUCCGAGCAAACCCUACAAACAGAUAACCUCGCCCGAGCAAAGCAAACACACCUUUGGACAACUGAAAGACGUGCUCUUAUUCCCCACAUGCUUUGCCUUCCUGUGCUGACUGAGAGCGCUGGAACACCCGAGCUGUGUGCGAGUACCGCCGGCUGCAGCUCUGUGCCGGACAUUUCACUCAGUGUGUCCAGCUGGAAGCUGUGCCUGAGAGAUGGAGCUGCGGUGGAAUCAAGUUGUGCCCACUGAGGAUGCCAUGCUCUGCGUCAGCGUUUUGCUGCCCUGCUCGUGUUCUGAACUCAGGGCGAAGCCCGUGACCACGGCCGCACACUGCAACUGUUGAGACCAUAAAUAUGGAAUGCAGCCGAAGCAAACAUACAGAGAACUGAAAGUAAUCUCUGAAUCACAGCAGUACCCAGGGAUGCAUCCAUCCAUGCUGUCACAGCUCAUGCAGAAGGGAGGUUUUGCCUUUUAUCUAGAUAACCGUACCUCAUGGAAGUGGCACGCUAUUUUGCAGGGAAAUAUAAUUCAUUUGACUGUGUUAACAACGAGCUUUGUAUGGUUGCUUGUCUCCCUAUCUUUCAAUUUAUUCAUAUACAUUUGUAAAGAAACGCAAAUACUUUCUUCCAUGGCUUAAUACAUCAUGACCUCCUGAAAGAAAUCCUAUACAUAACCUAUGCAUGUUACUAAAUAUGAAAAAUGUACAAAAGUGAGUAUGUCACUGCCAUCUUUUGUUGCCCCCAAUUAGUUCUGGUAUAACCCUUUUAGCUUCGAGAGAAACCAGCUUAUAACUUGUCUGUCAAGGCUGAGGUUUAUUUUACUCAGCAUGUGUAAUAUCUGGGCAACCAAUGUCAUGAGUAUCAAAAUGAUUACCCGUAUCAGUCAGCAGCUCAUUUGGCAAGAAGACCUUUGCAUCUUUUUGCUGAUGAUGUACUUUCUGAAGCAAAGACAAAUGUACUGAUCCUUACGAGUUCAUCUAGGUAUAAGAGCAAAUAAGUACUGAAGCACACGGUAUGCAUCAGGCUAGCCCAACAUAGAUCUACCAGCUGUCAAAAAAAUGGAGACUCAACAUGAUUCAAAUAAUGUUAGACUAAAUUUUCAAUUUCCUCUCUUUUUUAAUCUAUAGGACACUGGUUAAAAAAAAUCACCUUUUGAUUCAGACUCAGAUACUUCCCCCUUUCUUAUUCCUUUCUUAAAGGAAACCAGCAUAGUAUCAGCGAGCAACAGCAGAAUAGAUGAUCCCAAAGCUAACAAAUUUCAGGUAGCUGAAUCCCACCAACAAUCAGAUCAUAAGAUCUGUACUUAGUCUGCAUCAUGCAAGGCGCAGCUGGACUUGUUCACACAAACAUAACUCACCAAGUUUGUAAUCAAACCAGAGCCCUUCGUGCAGGAAGGAGCAGGAAGAAUAACAUACUGAGUCAAAGGUAGCCAGCUUUCGAGCACAGCACAUUUUUAAGUGCAGUGCUAAUAGAGCUUGAUUGAGUCCAUGUGUACCUACACAGACUUACAUUAGAAACCACUUCAGAUUAAUAUAUUGCUGGGAGAUGGAUACACUGGUGAAUCAGGAACCUUGUCGUUUCAUGGACUGAUAAGCCUGGACAAACCUAUAGGUGAGGAAGGUUUUCCUUCCUCGCUGGCUGCAUUAUUAGGUUUCUUCUCCAAAAGGGAUGCAUAACGAAGUGAUGUCUCUGUGGACACGCACUGCACUAGUGGCAGAUGGGUGGAGGAUCUCUGGACCGUGGGGUUAGGGUGUAUAACCAUAUCGCUGCCCAUUCAGAGCAGGCAAUUGUUCAAAGUAAAAAAAACUUCCUGUAUUCUAGAGGAUGGUCAAGUGAGUAUGGCUCAGUGUUUGAACACGUUCAAAGACUGUAACCUUUGGGCUUUGUGAUCCAUUGGUUCAUUACUCACCACUGUUCCACCCACGGGCUUGGCAAUGAACAUUACACCUUCAUAAAUACUGUUUGCAUAUUAUCAACUCAAUAAAAGCCAGAAUGUAUUUGUACAGAGCUUUUACUUACUUUUCAUAGCACAAAGCAGCUCCUUCCACUUCCUUUUCCUUACUCUUUGUGCUCCAUCUGACGGAGGAAGAAAGAAGUCUUACUGAUAAAAACUGGCUUCACAGAAGACGGCACAAUGGGCCUCCAGAGCACCAAGCACUCCAAAGUAAAACAAGCUAAUAUACUGAUGUUAGGACUUGAUUCUGCAGGGAAAUCUACACUGUUGUACAAGUUCAAGUCUGAUGAAAUCUAUCUAACAAUUCCAACAAUUGGCUUUAAUGUCGAUAUGAUCGAAACUGGGAAAGAUUUUACUCUGACUAUUUGGGAUGUUGGAGGACAAAAAAAAAUGAGACAGCUUUGGUGCGAUUUCCUGGAAAAUGCAGAAGGACUCCUGUAUGUUGUGGACAGCUCUGAUAAGCAACGUCUAGAGGAAUCAAAGAAAGAAUUCGAACUCCUUUUAAGGAAUGAAUCUAUAAAAAACGUACCAGUCGUCGUGCUAGCAAACAAGCAGGAUUUGCCCGGAGCUUUAAAUGCUGAGGAAAUAACAAGGAGAUUCCACAUAAAGAAGCACUGCUGUGACAGAAAUUGGUACGUACAGCCCUGUUGUGCUAUCACAGGAGAAGGUUUGUCAGAAGCCCUCCAAAGACUGACUGCAUUUGCAAAACACUACAGCAGAUCAAAGGAGAUCUCUACAGGUUUUAAGGAAAAUGAAAAACGUUAAGGAUUUCUACCGUCAGAUUUUGGUGAAUAUGACUCAAAAUAUUUCGUUGGACAGACUGAAAUAUUUGAUGCUGGAGAACUCUUAUAAGUAAAUAAAUAUUUCUGAAGCACUUUGACAAUUUUAAAUUAUAUUCUUAUACCUCCAGAUGCUUCUGAGACACUGCCGCACAUCACUUUGUUAGUGACACCGUACUCGGGGUUAUUGAGCUCAGAAGUGUGUGUUGAAUGAUGAAAAAGGCAGAGCUGGCCACUUGAAUUUUUGCAGUUGGAAAGAAAAUAGGUGAGCAGUGCUUAAAAUGUUUACGCCAAGUAUUUCGACAAAAAGUAAAACAGCCAAGCGGUUCAUUCAGCAAGAAAAGCAAGAAAUAACAUGUUGUCUCAUUAGAAAUACUUUGUGGGUGUAUUUGUCGUGUAAAAAUGUAGCUGUUUUAAGCUUAAACUCUUAGUUUAGUCCCUCUGCUGCUGGUUUGCUCCCCUUAGCCAGCAGUGAGCGGUGCAGGGAAGUGCAGGCUGUUUGCAGGGUGCUGGCAGUGGGCAGGGAAAGGAGGACGGGCUGCUGGUCAGCUUUUGAAAUCGGGAUGGACCCUGUCCUGCCUGUACCAAAGCCACUUCAGAUUUUGUUACUGUGAAACUUAGUUCUGAUUAAAUUUGACAUAAGAAGUGCUAACCCUAUUAGUACAGUUUGGGGGAUAAAAAUAAUUAAAUGACAUUUCUGUUGAGAUUUCCUGAUUCAUGAAGGAGUGAAUUAGUAUUCUGAAUGCCAUUAAAGCAACGAUGGAUUGUUAACUAGCACACUAACUGAACUGUAUCAACCGUGAAAGCUGUUUAAAUGCUCAGAUGGAAAAGUUAAUAGAGGCUGUUCUUUCACAAGGAGAAGAGACCAUCUAAUUAUUGGUUAUACAGUCCUAGAACAUCCAACCCAUCUAUUUCUGCCUUCCUGAGCGAUGUCUGCAGAGGUAGGACGCUCCAGGGCUUAGGAUGCUUGCUUGGACACUUGGAUUUCUUUUCUCCCGCAUCUAUCAUAAUCCCCGACCAUGGGCAAGUCAUUCAGUCACUGUGUGCCUCAGCAGUCCCUUGGCAAAAAGAUCUCUGAAAAGCUGUGGCAAAGGUCAGCACGCAUGCCUCGUCUGCGAGAAGUCUGCAUUUCAUUCUUACUAAUAAACAGGCAGGAAUUUCAAGUUACAGGAGGGUGAAGAAGCAAGUAGAGCACCCAGCUGUACCCUAUUGUCUCAUGCAUGUAUUAUUCAAAGACAAGAAGUCAUCAGGUGAAUUCACUGUAAUAGUGAACAAAGGAAGCUUUCUCAGCAGAAGCUGUUAUUAAUACUGACAGUAAUUACUGUGGGCUCAAUCCUGAGUCAUGUUGAGCCUACAUUUCUAAAAGAAGAGCAAGCUUUUAGACUUGUCGUUGCCUGGUCUGUUGAUUUAGAGUCAAUAUAAAACACCUUCUAGCACAGAAAAUAUUUUUGAGAAACGUGCAAUCGCAAGAAAGUUAUUUUUCUAAACUCAACAGUUCAAUGUUAAAAAAUGUAACAUUUCAGAUUAAUAAAUUUAUUAACAUUUGUA